CGACGACCAGUGGCAAACAUGGAUCAAUACUCAUUCUGCUUAUUACAUACCAUUGAAUUGGUGAUCAAACCUCAAGGGGACGAAAAUGAUUGGCCAACUGUGAUUCCAUUUUGUACUCUCAAGGACCGUAUUCUAGGUUUUCAAGAUGAAUUAGACAACGUGAUUGAUAAUAAAUUGGACAGUUCAUAUCGACAAGCAGCUUUGGAAGCUUACAAGAAAAUGGGUACCAAUCAAGCUCGUAGUACAAUGGGAGUGAUGACUCGUUUGGAAACUAUUCUGCCGGGUUAUUAUGGUACAAAAGGAGCUUCUGUGAUUCAAGAACACUUGGUGGAAAUGUAUCUUCAUUCCGGUAAACUCACCAGCAAAGUCACUUCACCUCAACUACCAUUAGAAUAUCUACAACAUGUAUUAGUACCUGAAGUUGGAUUUAGAUUGAUUCGUGAAGAUUUGAUCAACAAGAAUAGUAGCAAACAAUAUGAACCUGAUCUUGAUGAUCAAGCCAAACAAAUCAUGGCAGAAAGUUCUAAUUUUGGUAGUUAUCUUCAACCUCUUGGCUGGGACGAUGGAACUUUAUUGGAUGAAAACGAUGAUAUAGAUGACAGCAAUGAUGACCAUACCAGUGAUAAUGAUGAUGAUGAUGACUGUUAUAUUAUUCAUUGA